CAGCGACAGCAAAGGCAGCACUGCGGACCCCCAAGUGCUCCCGCUGCCGUAACCAUGGCUUCGUGGUGCCGGUGAAGGGCCAUGCUGGCCACUGCCGCUGGAAGCUCUGCCUGUGCAACAAGUGCUCCCUCAUCACCGAGCGCCAGAAGAUCAUGGCGGCCCAGAAGGCCCUGAGGCAGCAGGUGCCGGACCCCCUGGCUGGGGCAGAGGCAAGGCCUGCUCCCUUGGGAGAAGGCUCUGGGGUGGACACCGGGGCGGCCAGUGCCCCCGAACAGACUGGCCAUGAGGGGGUGAAGGGCACCCAGCCCACUGGCAGCACUGGCAAAGGCAAGAGGCCGCCGCUAUCUCCUAGUGGACCUCCCUUCUGGGAUUACGCUCACCCUGCUUUUCCUCCAGAAUACAUGGUCAACCCAGAAUACCUGGAGAGAGAAUCUCUGAAAGUGUACCCUAGUUGUUCUGGGGUAUAUCCUUACCACCCAUUUCCCAUGGGAUUUGCUAUCAACCAGGCAAGCUGUAGGGGAGCACCAUCACCUCCAGCAAUACCACUUCAGAGAGGUUUCCGACCCAUUGCUAGCAACUAUGGAUCAGGGAAUACAGCUUCUGUGUCAAUUCCAGAUGGAAGUGGAGAUUUCCAUCAAGGAUACUACACUCCUCUGCCUCAGUUCAUCCCACCAGGUUUUCUGCCAGGGAUUCAUUACAUUCCACCUCCGCUUUCACUGAACGUGUUGGCUGAAACAAGCAAGGAAGCACAAGGGACUGAAGCUGACAGCCAGGAUCCCGGGGUGGUUCAUGAACCUGACCAGCCAUCAUCUUCCCCGGAAGAAACAAGCAGAGACCAAUCUGUAUAUUCUAAACAGUAA